ACACGGCGCGCGUCCCGCCAUUACACCGGUGUCGUUAAACUCUUUUAGUGAUAAUGUCGCUUGCGUCGGCGAGCUAACGAUGCGAUAUCGUGUCGGGACAGUGAGUUACGAUGGACCUGACCACCAGACGGAGUGAGGGGGAGAUGGUGAACGGACAGUGCCAGGAGACCAGCUCCAUGCCGGAGCCGAGGAAGACUUCCUUCACCAUCCGGAGUAUCGUCGGCGACUCCGACCAGCCCGCCGACGGACACUCCAACUCGAAUGAGGAGUUCGCGCAGGAAGCGUACCAGAAGUACAAUAUGGGGGUGGCGGAGCACGAGUCUCCAAGAACUACUCCAGAACUGGCAAACCAGUCACCAGCAUCAGAGAGACUGCCCCUGGGCUCGGCAGACAGUGAUGAUGCUGACGAGUUCGCGCCCAAGAGGAAGCAGAGGAGAUACCGGACUACUUUCACGAGCUUCCAACUGGAGGAGUUAGAGAAAGCCUUCUCCAGGACUCACUACCCGGAUGUGUUUACGAGAGAGGAGCUCGCUAUGAAGAUCGGACUGACGGAGGCACGAAUACAGGUUUGGUUCCAAAACCGACGAGCCAAGUGGCGGAAACAGGAGAAGGUGGGCCCACAGGGGCACCCGUACAACCCGUACCUAGGGGGCUCUGCGGCGCCCCCGCCCUCCGUCGUCGCCUCUAUGCCCAACCCCUUCUCGCAACUCGGCUUCGGCUUCCGGAAACCCUUUGAUGCGAACGCCCUAGCUUCUUUUAGAUACGGAUCGUCACCGCUCAACACUCAAUACCUCAGCGCGCCCAUGUCCCGGCCGCCCAUGUUCAGCGCCCCCAUGUACACCUCGUCGCCGCCCUUCCACUCCCUGCUGGCGGGGCUGGCGGCGCCCCCGCGGCAGUCGCCCGACGCCCCCUCCGUGUCGCCCCCCAUCUCGCCCGGCAGCGAGAGCCCGCCGGCUACAUCCGGCCCUGAGGUGGAGCGGCGAAGCUCCAGUAUAGCGGCAUUGAGAAUGGCUGCGAGAGAACACGAGCUCAGACUUGAGAUGCUGCGGCAGAGACACCACACGGACCUGAUCAGUUGAGCCGUGUAGGUGUCCUAGAUCGAAGGCACUUGUACUGAUAGUACAAAUGAUCAAGUACGGAGCUUAAUAAAGAUUUGAUUGUGGUGAAUCUAAUCGUUAAGCAAUUGAACCUAUGUGGAUAGAUAUGUGGAUGUCAAUAGUAGUUGUACAACUACAGCAAUAAGAAAGUUACUUAAAGUCGACAAGACUGUAAUAUUGUAUUAAAUUGUAAAUUAUAAUAUAAACUUUGUUUCGUAGGCUAGAGACAUUUGGUGAUGGACGACAUUAUAUUUAUUAUCAACGUUAAAAAAAAGAAAAGCACGUACUUUAUUUAGGAACUUUAAACAUAA